GUGUAAGGAGCGCCUGACGUUAUUUCCGCCCUCGUCAUGGCGCGCAUGCGCAGGUAGAGUCCUCUCUCAGUGCAACGUCAGCGGCUGGAAAACAGCGACAUCUUUAUCGGAGAGAAGAGAGACGCAGAGAGAGGACACAAUGGAUCAAGUAAUGCAAUUUGUGGAGCCCAGUCGCCAAUUUGUGAAAGAUUCGAUCAGACUUGUGAAAAGAUGUACAAAGCCAGACAGGAAAGAAUUUCAGAAGAUUGCUAUGGCAACGGCUAUUGGAUUUGCCAUCAUGGGAUUCAUUGGAUUCUUUGUGAAGCUCAUCCACAUCCCAAUUAAUAACAUUAUUGUUGGUGGCUAGAACUGACUCGAUGGUGUUGGGAUAGAAAACGAAGAUGGGAGGACAGCAAGGAACACUUUAUAUUUUGUGCUUCAGUCAAUAAAACUUGUUUUGAUUUGUA